AUUGCUAUCUCGUCAAGUUUCGUUGCAAGAGAAAAUUCCCGCGCGUCCGUUAAUGCAAAAAUUUCAAAAGAAUUUGUCACUUUUUUUAACCAAACAUUUUGCAUUAAUUGGAUUCCAUUUCCUUUUAUUUCUAAUCGUCCUCAGUCUCCGGCAAGAAGUUUCAGCAAAUCGAUUGCAAGAUCUGAUCGUCGAUUCCACUUUAGCUAUCAAAUUUGCUAUACGCAGCUUUAAAUCAAACCAACUGAAAUGGAAAGCGAAGCAGAUAAAAUUUCGAGGAAGCGUAUGAAACUCGGUGAGGAAGAGGUGAUAAAUGAUGCAACAGGGCUAGAGAUUGUAGAAAAGGAAGAAACUGAGACAAACGCUAUGGGAUCUGAAGAGGUUGAACUUAAUAUUGCUCAUAUUUUUGAGAAGAUUGAACGUUUCACUCAAAUGGUGUCUGAGCUAUUGGAAUCAGGAAAAACAAUGUUUAAGGAGCUAAGUAAUGAAUUUGAAGAGCGGUUGAUUAUGAUGCACAAGGAACAAAUGGAUAAAUGGCAGGAGGAGAUCAAAGAAUUACGGAUGCUUGAUGCAUCAAAUGAGGAGGCUGGUGCUAUCCUGCAUAAUGCUAGAUAUGUACUUCAGAACCCUGCUAUUGAAUCUUAAAGUAAAGCGGAACUGCCAGCCUAUUAGUGCAUCAUCAAGUCCUUUACUAUGCAUGUGGCAGAGCUAAAAAUUCCCUCAGGUAUUUUUUUUCUCAUUAGCUCGAAGGAACUUUGAUGUGAUCUGAGGCAUUUUUUCUUUAUUGGCUCUUAACUUUGCAUAAGCUGCCAAUGCCUUUUUAGUAAGAAUACUAACUGUUGUCAUCAUCUGGUUGCCUCAAAAUGACCCGUGAGAAUGAUUGGUUUUACACGGUGCUUAACAUGGCAAUAAUCCAUUAUCGUUUGCCAAUAAAUAACAGAUAGGCAUAACA